CGUUGGUGAACAAUUGUUUCUUUUCAUAAGCUCAACAUCAAGAGCAAUUAACUAAACAGCAAACAUUUCCAAUAGCACAAAUCAUUCCCAUUGAACUUUUACCACUUCCUCUUGAACAAUAAAAAACCCCUUCAACAUGCAUUUCUCUGUCAGCCUCGCCUGUCUUGCCCUUUUGCACCAAGCCAUUGGAGUUCCUGUUCCCGUAUUGUCCACAAAUGCGGGCGUUGGGACUGUGGCUCCUGCAGUCGCAGACGGGACGUCGGGGGCUACGAUUUCUAAUGCCGCCAUGCAGCCCAAGAACCAGCUCAAGUCUACCCAGGGCUUGUCCACAGCCUCGAACCCCAAUGCUUUAGGGACAACCGGGAACACUAAUUCUAUAGCGACAGCUCCGAAGCUGAAUGGUUUGACGGCAGACCUUGAUACCAAUGGUUUGGCAACAGCGCCGAAAUCCAAAGCUUUGGGGACAGCUGGGAAGUCUAAUGCUUUGGGGACAGCUGGGAAGUCUAAUGCUUUGGGGACAGCUGGGAAGUCUAAUGCUUUAGCGACAGCUACAAAGCCUAAUGCUUUGGCCACGGGCUCGAAGUCUAAUGGCAUGCCGACGGCGCAGAAUUCUAAUGGCAUGCCGACAGCGCAGAAUCCUAAUGGGAUGGGCAUGAACCCCGGGUCAACUUCGGGAAUGGGCGACGUGUACGGUGAUGAUGGGUACGACUACGACGACCUCGACGCAGGAUAUGAUGAUCCGGCCAUGUCGAACCCAUCAAAGGUGCUGCCGGCUGGUGGUAAUCCAGGGACCAAAAAUUCCGAAUAUGGCAACCUUCAACUUAACGGACAAACAGGAACGAAGUCAUCAGUUGGAUUGGCAGAUCCGUCGAAAUCCUCAAAGCUUGCUCAAGGGCAGGGGACGGGGUCCUCGGGGACCCUAAUGUAA